CUUUCUGCGAUUGCUCCUAAUUUCAUAUCUUGUUGGAGUUGAACCACCAUCCCUGAGCUCCCCUUACAGCAGUAAAUCAUGGCUGUCAAUUUUCAACAUCCAUUUCAAUGCGUUCAAUACGUGCAAAGGCCGCAGGCCAAGCUACUGCUCGUCUCCGCUGGGCCCCGGCUGUAUUCCUACUCUGCCGAAACUGGCCAGCGACUUGCGAGCUGGCCGCAAGAUACUGGCUCAAGUGACCAAGAACCUCCGGAGAAGAAAAGGAAGGUCUCCUCGUCGGAGUCUGGACCACUUGAGGAGGGUAAGGCCGCAGAGAAGAAUGAGAAGGCGAAGACCGCGCCUGCAUGGUCGAAUAUACCUAUUGUAACCAGCACAUCGAACGGCGAAUAUGCCAUCGCUGUCACUGGAGAAGACAAGUGCAUCCGCGUUUUCCAGCUUCAGGACGAUGGAUCUCUCAACCAACUCAGCGAGAGAGCCAUGCCCAAACGACCAUCCUCCAUCGCAUUGACCAGCGAUGAGACCACGAUCCUAUGCGCAGAUAAAUUCGGAGACGUCCACUCUCUACCCCUCAUCCCCACCACCGACAAGCCCGCCGUGGCUCCCCGACCGAAUCGGGAGGCGAAACUCAGUCAUCCAGCCGCCACCAAUUUGACCGUGCACACCAAAGGCAAUUUGCGAGCCCUAGAACAGCAACUCCUCCUCGCCAGCAAGAAAAAGGAGGACGGGGAGGAAAGGUCAGUGGGUCCGUCCUUUGAGCACCACCUUUUGCUCGGCCAUGUCUCGCUGCUUACCGACAUGGUCUUCGUCUCCCUCCCCUCCGAAACUCACAAGCGCACCUACAUUUUGACCGCGGACCGCGACGAACAUAUCCGUGUCUCUCGUGGCCCGCCCCAGGCGCACGUCAUCGAAACCUACUGCCUGGGUCACACCGCAUUCAUUAGCAAGAUCUGUGUGCCGCAGUACGCCCCCGAGUACCUUAUCUCCGGCGGAGGCGACAAUUACCUAGUCGUCUGGAACUGGGCCGAAGGCCGUGCUCUCCACAAAGUUCCCCUGGUCGAGAACUCAUCCGCCGCUGAAGUGGUUGUCCGCGGAAUCUGGGCUACCACCAUCGGAGACCUGCGACUCGUUCUUGUCGCGCUUGACGGGUCCCCUAAACUCCUCUGCUUCACCCUCGAAGCCGACGGCGCCCUCAAGCCCCAGACCCCUAUCGACCUCACCGGCAACGUUCUCGCCGUAACCCCCCUCGAGGAAGACAACACUAUCUUCAUCUCCGUCGACUCGAUCCGCACCGCGGGCUCGAUCCAGGAAUGGCGCGCUAGCAGCAGUUCCCUUACCCCUCCUACCCUGAUCGAGGCGUUCCGUCCUCAACAAGGCUCUGAGGGAUCCUCGCUGGCCUGGGAACCGGCCCUCAAAUCCGCGACGGACGCCAUUAACGCCGCCGGCUCCGUGGAGGUCCCGGCUACCACUGAAGACAAGAGACGAACGGAGCUGAAUGACUUGUUGUAUGCCAUGAGCAAGCUGCGCAAGACGCCGAGGGGCGGAGAUGACGAGUAAGGGGGAGGGAGGGGUCCAAGAACCAAAGGAAGAAGUGCAUUCAAAACAUGUAUACCCCGCUUAGUAGAUAUAUGAUACACAGUCGAGGAGCUUUUGUUUGAAAACUACUCUGUAU